GUUCUGUCGUUAUUCGACCACAGCUGACAGGCGCAGUUGAUUCUCCAGUCUCGACGGUAUUGGAUUACUGGAGUAUUGACUUUUGAGUAGACUUAGCCUGUUGUUUGUGGGGUGGUUGUGUUCUAAAGAACGAAUUUUGGGAUUAUUCUAUAAAAGUAGUAUUAUAAAAAUAUAACAUAAAAUGUAAUUUUAAUGAUGACCAUGAUAUUCAAUGUAAUUAAAUCAACAAGUGUUUGGUUUGUCGUUUCUUGACCAUUUCGACUCGAUCUCAUAGUCGGUCCAAACGUAUACCAUGGGCGAUGUAGUGAGUUUGUUUUCUGUAAUAAUAAUGAAGUUUAAAUCAAAGAUUUAUGAAAGUAACCUUUAUUUUCACUGUGAGUUUCCCUGGGAAAAGCUGAAGUCUGUUAAAUGGAAAAACGAAAGAGCUACAUCUAACAAAGCUUAUGUUCCCACCAAAGUGGAAAAUGUAGCUAAUGUUUGUACACAUGCCCUUUGUGUUGCACCUGCAUCUUUCGGUGCCAGGGAACUACUCACACGCUCCAUAAACGCACCACAAGCAAUAGCGGCAAUUGUCUAUGGACUUGCUCUCUGCCUACUUUUUGCAGUUUCGACAACUUUCCACUCUGUAUGCUGUUGUGGUUCUAAUACCAAAAUGAAGCACUUCCUUCACCGAUGCGAUCGUGCCAUGAUCUAUAUAUUCAUCGCGAGCUCGUACUUCCCCUGGCUGACAGUUGGGACUCUCUCCUGUUGGAUGCUGAGGGAAUUAAGAUGGGCGAUAUGGUUAUUAGCAGUCCUCGGCAUCACCUACCAACAGAUCUUCCAUGAGCGGUACAAGAUGCUGGAGCUAUUGCUGUAUCUUAUCAUGGGGCUGGGUCCUGCUGUCGUCAUUUUCACGUCUAAUCACCAGUUUCCAGCGAUGCAAGAUCUGAAACUCGGCGGUAUGUUGUACCUUAUAGGAGUGUUCUUCUUCAAAUCAGACGGGCGCAUACCAUUUGCCCAUGCUAUAUGGCAUCUCUUCGUCGCCUUAGCUGCCAGCGUUCACUAUCUGGCAAUACUGCGACAUCUCUUCCCCGAACUCAAAACCCAAUAAAGACUGCCCUAUUCAAACUCAAUUUGAGCUCUCUAUGCUAUUUUUGUAACUAUAACAGGAUAAUUCGUCUUGAACGCCAAUUGGGUCUAUUGAAUAACGUUCAUUGAUCUAAGACGAUUUAUUCCGUUGAAUGCAUGUUAUCGAUAUAAGAUUAAUAUAGUUUUAUGGAUAGGUUUUGUUCUGAAUUCUUUCUAGUCUAGUUUUAGUCCAUGUUUAUGUUUUAAUCGCAAUGUUACGCAAGUUAUUCGAGCUUGAAGGUCUAUAUCGGUUUGCAUAUGGUUUCGCGGUUUCUGUAUGAUGUAACGAGUACACGCAAAAUGAUAAAUGACGCAUUUUACAAGGAUAAUAUGAAACUUAAUCUAUUUAUUCUUGCGUUGUAUUAUAUUCUGUACAAAACGCCUUUGUAGCAGUUAUGCAAAUUAAUAUAGGUUUCAUUGUCUAUGCGUCAUUUACUUAUUUUUUAUACAUUUAGUACGCGUUCUAAUGAAGGAACAAAAAAGCAUUUAGCGAUCUUAUGACGAUCCUCUAUUAUGUGGUUUAAAGUAUGUAUAUUCAAACUUUUUGGCAUUACACCAAUAGUUUGCAAACCACUCUACUGCUCUUUCAAGCACUGAAGAGGCCCUUCAACAUGGAGAAAGCGUAUCCACAAAGGUUCGAUUUGAAAGAACUAUUGUUUUUAUCAACGUGAGCUUGUAACUCAUCUUAAACGUUUUUGUUAGUCAGAAACAAUAUCUAGUAUUUCUCGCAUUAGAGAAGUAUUUAAUGAAUUAUUGAUUGGCUUGAUUGUUUUAUAAUACAGGAAGUAUAUGCCGUAAAUUUUUUAAUGAACUUGUAAACGAGAUAUAGUAAUACACAAUAAUUUAUUAGCAGAAGCUUAGUGUAACCACUUUUUAUUACUCGGCACGAUUGUCACAUACGUUUUGGAAUAUAUGAUGAAUUAAUCUAAAACUUAAACAUGGACCUUCGCCAAAUAGAUAUCUAAAAGUGAUUGUUCUUGUAUAUUUUGUAAAAUAUUGUUAAAGAAUUCUUAUUGUUCUAAAAUCGUAGUUGUAUUACAGAAUCUGAGACCAAAUCCUUUUUAGAGAAUUUAAAUUAAUAUGUAUUAGAAUUUUUAGAGAUGUUUAUCUAUACUUAUACGAAUCCUAGUUUUUCUGUAAGUAAUACUUUUAUACAAUUCGAUAUUUCCUUAGAUUAGACUGUGUCUGUCUACUAGCUUGUGGUUUGAUGUUAGUUGUUAGCAAAAUUAUUUGAAUCCUCAUUCGCAAGGUAACUAUUCCUUAGAUUUAACUAAUUUGAUAGCGAUUGCUCAAUCAUUGUAGUGUUUUAAGACUUCCAUAGUGGAGGAGAAGACGUAUCUCCAUAUUUCCAUGAAUCUCAGUAACAUUUAUUUAGCUUUAAUAAGGGAAUUGCAAUAUAUAAGGAUCUAACAAUUACCGAUGUAUAAUCUUUGAUUUUUUAAAGUAUUGUUUUAGGCUCUCUAAUUUGCAUACAGUUCAAGUAAGUCAAUGUUGAUUGUGGAUGUUAAAGUAUUGCUAACGCAAUUGUCUUUAAUCUGGAAUGACUUAUAGGUCGGAUGAAUAUGUAUGUGAUUUCUUCACUGUCCCGUAUUUUGAAAAGAAUACAUUUCUAAACAAUAGAUGCUUGGUCAUGGAGCGUAUACUGUUUGUAUUUAAAAUGGAAUCUCUAAAAUACUUGUCACCAAUUACGAUGUUUUUGGACUCUUGAUUAUAAUCACCAACAAUAUAUCGUACUGCAAGUAACAUGGGCAUUUCUAUUGCUGAUAUGGAUCGUAUCCACUAUUUCUAGUCAAAUUUGCCGAAUUUAAUGCAAUUAGGUGUUUAUUUUUACCCCAUGCGAUGUUUAUUAUAUGUUAAUUCAUGAGUUUGUAAUACGCUGUAUAGGAGACAGGGUAAUUUAAGUCAUAGCAAAGCAUUGGACGCGAUAUAAAAUAGACCUGAGUUUAUAUUAUUUAUGCAUUACUUACGAGUGAGAAAUUUAAUCUAUUGGUAUAUAACAUUACGCCCAUUUAAUUUUUUAUGCAGUUUAUAUUACAAAAGAUUCCCAAUUUAUACAGGAAUUGAUUACUGAUUAUUUUUAAUCGGUCUUCCAGAUAUUAAAAAUGUGAAUAAUUAUUUAUUGUUUUAACAUUUCUCAUGUGACAUGAUCAAAAAGGUAUUUUUAAUCCUAGUACAAAGUUGUCUCCCGUAUGAAAAUUUGUAUUCAAUCUAGUACACUUUUCACCUUGUAUAAAAAAAUAUUUUUGUGGUUUUCAUAUCCUUCCUGAACCAGUGUUAUUUUAAUAUUUGUUAUAGUAGUGAUAAUUCUGUAUUUUUAUAAAGUAGUGUUACUUCAUACAAUCAUGUUACCUUGAUAUGGACGGUGGUAUAGUUUUUUAGAGGUUUUUGGGAACUCAUUAAAACUUUUACAAUUA